AUGAGCGCCGAUUGCAGCAGCUACGUGAACGCCGAUAAAGUGCUGGUGGGCUCCUUCAGCUGCCCGCGGGAAGACGGCGAGGCUGAUGCGAUCUAUUGCUGCGGCUUCCAGGACAUCAAGUAUUGUUGCGACGACCCUAACAGUUUUUUUCCUUACGAGCACAACUAUAUGUGGUGGCUCAGUAUUGGUGCGCUUAUUGGCUUGUCGGUUGCAGCAACGGUCUUGCUGGCUUUUCUCAUCACGGUGUGUGUCCUCUGUUACUUGUUUAUCAGCAAGAAGCCACGCAACAAAUUGGAUACAGGUUUAACCUUGAGCUUAGAAGCAGCAGUUUGUCUUAGCAACUGGAUUUGUACUGUUGUUUUUCAGGCAGAGAUAUUAGAAGAAAUUCUUCAAGUUGAAGGAAGAUAUACGGAACAGAACUGGUUCAAUUGA